AUGGAGCCAGCAAGUCAUCCAGAGAACAGUCUGAAAAAAGAUGACUACAAUCCAAAUCAUGUUCCAGCAAACUGUGAGAAGAGAGGCGAGUGGGCCAACAAGAGGGAGUUCAUUCUGGCAGUAGUCGGGGAAAUCGUUGGUCUGGGAAAUGUUUGGAGAUUUCCAUAUCUGUGCUUUAAAAAUGGAGGAGGAGUUUUCUUGAUUCCUUAUGUUUUGAUCCUGUUCACCUGUGGAAUCCCCAUCUUCUUUCUGGAGGUAUCUCUGGGACAGUUUACUCGUCAAGGUGGAAUCACAUGUUGGAGGAAAAUGUGUCCUUUAUUUGAAGGUUUAGGCUAUGGCAAUCAAAUGAUAUCGCUAUACACUGUGAUGUAUUACAUCGUCAUCAUGGCUUGGGACUUCCUUUACCUCUUCUCCUCCUUCCACACUGUACUCCCCUGGGCCAGCUGCAACAACACCUGGAACACAGAGAACUGCACUGAUGUUGGUAAAAAUGAUUCAGAUCAUGGCCACAAUAAAAAUGCAACAUCUUCAGUUGAAGAAUUCUGGCAGAGGAGAAUCCUGGGUUUGUCUGGAGGAAUUGAAGAGAUGGGUAGUAUGCGCUGGGACCUGGCUGGAUGUCUUCUGCUGAGCUGGAUCAUCUGUUACUUCUGUAUCUGGAAAGGAGUCAAGACAUCAGGAAAGGUCACCUACUUCACCUCCACUUUUCCCUAUUUGAUGUUGACUGUGUUGCUGAUCCGUGGUCUGACAUUACCAAGAGCUGUGAAUGGAAUUCGAUUUUACAUUUCUCCUGAUCUGACCCGUCUGACUGAUCCUCAAGUGUGGAUGGAUGCUGGAAACCAGAUAUUAUUUUCUUAUUGUGUCUGCACAGGCACUUUGUCAGCUUUGGGAAGCUACAACAAAUACAACAAUAACUGCUACAAAGACACAUUUGCACUGUGCAUACUAAACAGUUUAACCAGCCUUGUUGCUGGCUUUGCAGUCUUCUCUGUCCUCGGCUUCAUGUCCUAUGAGUUGGGUGUUGACAUCUCAACAGUGGCUGAAUCAGGUCCUGGCCUGGCUUUCAUUGCCUACCCUCGAGCCGUCACCAUGAUGCCUUUACCUCAACUCUGGGCUGCCCUCUUCUUCAUUAUGAUUAUCUUUCUUGGAGUGGACAGUGAGUUUGUGUUCCUGGAGGGCUUGGUGACGUCCAUAUCAGACCUGUAUCCAUCCUUCUUCUUCUCUGGUCAUCGACGUAAACUUCUUCUGCUGGUCAUCUGUGGUGUGUCCUUCGUUAUUGGCCUUUUUAUGGUGACUGAGGGAGGUCUUUAUGUAUUUCUGCUGUUUGACUACUAUGCUGCAAGUGGAAUACCAAUCAUGUCUUUAGUAAUUUUCGAAUCCAUCUGUGUGGGAUGGAUAUUCGGUGCUGAUCGUUAUUAUGACAAGAUAAAGGAAAUGAUUGGCUACUACCCUUCGUUGUACAUGAAAUGCUGUUGGAAGUUCUUCACACCAUCUAUCUGUGUUGGAAUAUUGCUCUUCUCUCUGGCCAAGUUCACUCCACUGAAAUACAACACCUACCAGUACCCCUGGUGGGGCUAUGCCAUUGGCAUAUUUACUGCUCUCUCUUCAGUUCUCCUGACUCCUCUGUGGAUUCUCUAUAGUAUGGCAGUGACCCCAGGAACAUUGAGACAGAGACUGAAAACUUUAUGCACUCCAGCAGCCGAUCUCUGCGUCACUUCACCAAAGAGAACUCUUCAUGCUGAAAGACCUCUUUCUGAUACAGAGCUGCAUGUUUUAGCUGACACUAACUAACACCCUGCAAUCCUAGUGAUCCAUAAAUGAUUAUCAAAUUGCAGAUAUGAUAAUGUAUGCCCAUGUAAUGUUUUACAGUAUAUACUUACUGAUGUUUGAGAGGGAGCUGGUGAAUGGAGGCCAGAAUGUGUCUAAUGCUAUAAUUAGUCUUAAUCUUAAUCUGGCAGAAACAUUUGAUAAAAGUUACAAGUUUUUAUAUUGUAGUUCUGUGGAUCAGAAAAGCAACAGCAUGUUAGCAACUAUAUGUAUACAUAUUAAAAAAAAAAAAAAAAAGCCACAUAGUUAAGUUCUAAUUCAUGUUAAGACUUGAAGGUAUGUAAGAUUCCUGAAACCUUUAGUAUCUUCUGAGCAUUUUUUACAAAGCAACUAAAAAUUCCAGCAUAGUAAAUGAAUAGUCUACUAUACUAUCAGAUGCCAUUUCUCUUUAUCCUGACAGAAACUGAUUGAGCCCUGAAGAGUGCAACAUCAAAGAAUAAUCUACAGCCUGAACCACAGUUUGGGCCUUUGGAAGUUACUUAACAUUAAUGAUAAAUCUGGGCUUGUUCAACUGCUGCGUUUAAAAAACACAUUUCAGAUGUAACAGACUUUUAUCAACCUUGAAAGAACAAUAACAAUUUAAACUU